AUGUAUCGAGAAUACACUGAUCCUCAGGGAUUCUUCUCUUCAUCCUAUGCAACAGCAGUCAAUUCUUUACUCUCUGUCUACCAGAAUUAUCUUAGGAAAUUUUACCUUCGUGACUCUAAAACAAAGGAGGUCAACAGUUUAGUGGUCAAACUCAAAGAGAUGCAGAAGUUCUUUGGCCUGCCUGUGACUGGAGAGAUAACCCCCCGAAUCGUGGAAAUAAUGCAGAAACCCAGAUGUGGAGUGCCAGAUGUUGCAAAAUACUCACUAAUACCAAACAGUCCAAAAUGGUAUUCCAGAGCUGUCACCUACAGAAUCAUGUCCUAUACGCCAGACUUACCAAAACUCGUGGUGGAUCAAAUCGUGGCAAAAGCUCUGAGAAUGUGGAGUGAGCAGAUUCCACUGUGCUUCAUAAGGGUGAGGUGGGGGACUGCAGACAUCAUGAUUGACUUCGCGAGCAGAGAUCAUGGAGACAACUACCCAUUUGAUGGGCCAGGAAACACUCUAGCUCAUGCCUUUCCGCCUGGGCCAGGCCUCGGAGGAGACGCUCACUUUGACAAGGAUGAAUGCUGGACAGACGGUACUAACACAGGAGUGAACUUCCUGCGUGCUGCCACCCAUGAAUUUGGCCACUCUCUGGGUCUGGAUCACUCUUCCGUUCCUGGGGCUGUGAUGUACCCUACCUAUGAAAAAGGCAACCCAAAAGACUUCAGACUCACAGAGGAUGACAUUGAAGGCAUUCAGAAGUUAUAUGGAAAGAGGAAUGAUUCGUAGAAGAGAUAG